GCCAGCUGAGGGGAAGCUGUGAGUGUGUACCAAGGUUGUCCUUCCGCCGUCCGUGUGUGCAGAGAGCAGUCUGAUAUCGCUGGGAGGAAAAUGUCAUGCGGGCUGUGGAAAGAGACCCGGGCUGUGGCAGAGGACUACCUGUAUCUUUGCUGCACAAGCCCACAGCCAGCCCCUCCACCUCCCAGCGAAUCAGCCGCUGCCAUGAGAAGUAUGGCCCAAGACAUGGAGACGCAGCACCAGGCUCGCUUCCACACCCUUGCUCAAACCUUCGUAACGCAGUGUGGGCUGGACCCCUGCUCCAGCCUCAGGAAGGUGAUGGAGGAGCUGGUGGGAGAUGGACACUUGAACUGGGGGAGGGUUGUUUCCAUUUUCACCUUUACUGGGGUGCUGGCCAGACUGCUGCUGGAGCAGAACCGUGUGAACCCGGGGCUGGACCCUGGGCAGGGACAGGGGCUCGGAAACUGCAGGGGACUGGCAGAGACCAUAGCUGAUUACCUGGGAGAAGAGAAGAAAGACUGGCUGCUGGAGAACGGUGGAUGGGAGGGGUUCUGUAAAUUCUCCCACAGUGCCAGAGAGGUGAGCCAGGACUUGUCGAUGAAGACAGCACUGUUUGCUGCUGCUGGUGUGGGCCUCGCUGGACUCACCUUUCUCCUGGUGCGCUAGUUCAGACUUCUGCAUCCUAAACACAUCCUCAUCUAUUUUCUCAUUUCAUUUGGCACAAUUAAGUAGACAUUUGAAUUUCAUCAUCAAUGCUGCAAAACAGGCUUAAAUCUGUAGUCAUUUCAGGGUUGUGAUCUUAAGUCAUCAACUGAAUGUUUGCACAUACUCAGAAACCCUCCUUCUACACCUUCUGACAUUUUGUCACUUGCUCCUUAAGAUUGUAAAAAUGAUCUCGAUGCCUUCAUAAGUUGGAGUAUGAGACAUCAGUUUGCAUAUUUUCUACAGGAUAAUUACAAAAGCACAGGUUUCUACACAGAAUCAACUUGCUCUCAAUGUUUGUAUUUUCAGUUGUGCGGCUAAAAAAACUUUAAAUUUCAAUUUUCUGACAUCUUUUUUGAUUUUUAAAAUUCUCAGCUGCCUUUCAUUCACGUGUUUACCUGAUUUGUGUAUGUGGUAUAGAACCAUUAUAGUGUACAAUGUAUAAAUUAAUAUAUUAUAUUUAUAUGAAAUGAAACUGUAAAGCAGUGGCCCUUUUCUAACUGAUCCACAGCUAAUUCAGUUGUUUCAUUGUCAAAGUCUGUCCUACAUUCAUGUGAAAUGUCUGAUUUAUAUGGUCAACAGAGCUGAUUGCAGGGCUGACGACCACACAGCGGUGCUAUGAAAUGUUGUGAAAUGUUUCUCAUAUCAAUCUACAAAACCAGGGACCAAUCUGAUUUUAAACAUAUUGCUGUUAGAACAAACCGUUGCUAUGGCAUUUCCACACCCCAGAUCUCUUAAACAUUAUAUUUUUACAUUGUUUUGUUCUAUUUAUUUGUCACUCUCUUUGUAAUAAAAUAAAUAAUCAAU